AUGAAGUCGUCGUUUAUCUUGUCCGUCCUUGGCGCUGCCACUGGUAGUUUGGCCCAUGGAUUGGUUUCUCAGUUGUUGAUUGAUGGAACUUUGUACGAUAACUUCAACCCGUUUUUCGAUGUCUACCAGAACCCCAAGCCUCAGAGGAUUGGGUGGACCACUCCUAACAAUGGCCCGGCUGAGGACAUCACCGCUGCCGGCAUUGUUUGCGGCGUUGGCUCUACGGCUGGAUCUUUGAGCGCCCCGGCUGCCUGCGGAUCCUCUAUCAAGUUCUUCUGGACCCCAUGGCCCGACUCUCACCGCGGUCCUACCAUGACCUAUCUCGCCAAGUGCCCCGGCACCGACUGCACCACCGCAGACCCCACCACUCUCGACUGGUUUAAGAUUGAUCAUGCAGGUCUUAAUCCUGAUGGAACUUGGAUCUCAGACACCAUCAUCGCCGACAACAACACCCGGACCGUCACCAUCCCCAGCGAUAUUGCUCCCGGCCCCUACCUGCUUCGCCAUGAGCUUCUCGCUCUCCACUCAGCCUUCGAUCCCAAUGGCGCCCAAUUCUACCCCAUGUGUGCCAACCUGCAAAUCAACGGGACCGGAAGCGCCGUACCAACAAACACCGUCAAGUUCCCGGGCGCUUACUCUCCUACCGACCCUGGCAUCCUCAUCAACAUCCACUACCCGGCCGUCAAAAAUUACACCAUCCCUGGCCCUGCUCCCUAUGUCCCGGGCGGUGCUUCAGCUCCGGUUUCCCCUUCUGCCGUCGUCCCCUCCUCGCCUACCACGGGCUUCACUGCCGCCGGAUCCGGUAUCCCAACCAUCAAGCCUUCCGCUCUCCCUCCGUAUGGCAACGGCACCAGCAUCCGCAGUAAACCCCCCAAGAAAACCCAGAGUAUCGAUUCUCCUCUCAGCGAGGUUGCUCCUUUCGGCGGGGACCCCACUGCUCUCACUGAUGUCUCGGCCGUCCCGACUGAAGUUGCUCCCACGGCCGUCCCCACUGAAGUUGUUUCCACUGUCAUUCAAGUCGUUACUAAGACAGUGCCCGCCGUUGAGGCGGUUGAGACGGUCACUGUUACUAUAUCUCCCCCCGGUGGUCAACCUGCUUCUGAGUGUACGCCAGUUGGCAGAUACAAGCGCGGUAAUUAUGGGUAUGGAAUCUAG